UCGUCUUUUAGUUUUCCCACUAUCUUUCCUGAUGGGUACAGCAAUCCCGCCCUCAUAGGGGUAAAAAGAUGGCCGGGCACAGUGCUGACCACCGUCUACGUGUACGACAAGGACACCCAGAGCAAUCAGCUGGUUGACACGCUCCAGUUCAACUACACCCUGGCGUCCCCUGCUAGAGACAAGAUGGCCCCCACGGGCUUUACACAGUUCAACGUCAACGGUAACAGGAGAAUCCUGCCGUCCAGGCUGCAAGUGUCGGUAAUGGCCAGAUGUGACCUGUUCUUCUACAACGACACCUGUGACGUCAACUGUGUUCCCUCCGACGACUGCAGUGGUCACUACGGCUGUGACGUCAUCACGGGAGAGAAGAUCUGUCAGCCAGGCUGGGGAGGCAGAUCUUGUGACGUCAAAACUAAUUCGGACCAAGGUUGCUCUGCCAACCUCUGCUCCUACCACGGGACAUGCGUCACCUAUGGCAACCGGACCAGCUCCUACUACUGCUGCUGUGACGAGGGCUACACGGGCGACUUCUGCCAGCAGGACGUCAACGAGUGCUUGAGCUCACCCUGCCAGAACAACGGCGCGUGCGUCCAGAAGAAACCCACAGGGUUCACGUGCUACUGCUCCGAGAGGUAUGGCGGUGUGUUGUGCCAGGUUGCGAAGACGUGCAAGGACAACCCCUGCAAGAAUGGAGGGACGUGUGUGUCUUUUAAUCUUCAGAAAUUCGAGUCAUUUUACUGUCGAUGUGAUGUCGACCGAUACAAUGGCGAGUUCUGUGAAAUCCCCAUCACCACCCCCGCCCCUCUGACGUCAUCCUCGGCCGUCGCUCCCCGCUUCUGCUACGGCAACUAUUACGGAGAGAAGUGCCAGACUUACUGCAAGCCGGCAGACGACUGUACCGGACACUACACCUGCGACCCGGCUACGGGCGGGAGGGUGUGUCUGCCCGGGUGGACGCAGGGGUCGGGGUGUACCGUGCGGGAUCGGGUUGACCCCACCUGUGGCUGCGACAACGGGGGUCAGUGCUUCCUGGGCAAGUGUUGCUGUUCCGGCAACUUCACCGGCGACCGCUGCCGGACGCCGACACGGUUUUGUCCGGACAACCCGUGCCAGAACGGGGGCACGUGUCAGGAAGAUGCCACCGGUGCCUUCUGCAUCUGCCCAGAGAUUUUUUCUGGAGAGUUCUGUGAGGUCAUGGUAGCGCCGAACCGGAAUUGUCCGGUCAACUACUACGGGCCCAAGUGUGAGGUCUUUUGCCGGCAGCAGUAUGAAUGCGGGGAGGAGACCGGUCAGUUCUACUGCAACGAGUUGACCGGUCAGAAGGUCUGUAUGUUCGGCUGGUCGGGUCCGGACUGCAGCACACGUGACCAGACGGUCAGGCUGGAUGUCCCCUGCCCCCGGAGUGUCUGCCGGAACGGUGGGGCCUGCCUGAACGCGACGUGCUGCUGCCAGCCCGGGUACACGGGCUCGCUGUGUCACGUGGAGAUCCUGGAGUGCGACAGCAACCCCUGCCUUAACGACGGCGUCUGCACCGACCUCAUCAACCAGUACACCUGCACCUGCAAGCCGGGAUUUUCCGGCAUCAACUGCGAGCAGGACAUGAGAACCACCGUUGACCCGACCGGUCAGAUGACCACUACACCCCUUCUGCCUAUAGACCCCUGCGACAUCGUCAGUUGUCUAAACCAAGGCAUCUGUAUACCAAACGGAACAUCGGAUGCCAUUUGUUUAUGUUCGGGUAAUUUUAUCGGCAAAUUUUGCGAAACUCCCGUGUCAAGUAACCCGACUAACCCAAACUGCACAAUAAACUUCUACGGCUUGAACUGUUCCGAGUUUUGUGUUGAAGAAAACUCCAACAAAGGGCAUUACUUCUGCAACCCCGACUCUGGUAAAAAAGUUUGCAUGUCCGGCUGGGGCGGUGCUGACUGUGACCAGCGUCUUGUACCAGCAGACGUGGACCCCGAGUGUCCAGUGUUGGGUGUCGUCUGCAAACACAACGGUGCCUGCUUCAACGGCACCUGUGUGUGCAGGGGCCCCUACGGCGGGAGGUUCUGUCAGGACGAGGUGCUGGCCUGUGCUGGCGCCCCGUGUGGGGAGUUCGGCGCCUGCUGGGACCAACCCACGGGGUACGUCUGCCAGUGUGUGGCAGGGUACACGGGUAAACGGUGUGAGACCCGCUAUGGGGAUACAUCUUACGGUGUCGGAUCUCAAUCGCUGGGGUAUCAAAAUACCGUAACAGGAAGUCUAGCCAGUCAACUCAUGACGUCAUUGACAGAUAACUCAAGGUCAGCAUUUAGCAUCAUGGGAAGUCAAGCGACAGCCUCACAUCUGGAAUCGACCCAAGUUCAAGGCCUUAUGUCUGUUUCUGUUUCUCUCCCAUAUGACUCUUUAGAUACAACUGCAACAGUGAAAUAUUCGAUCUCAAGCAAUACAGCCGUCACGACAGGACAACUUACAACCACAGCAACACCACCACUAAACACCAACAUUAUUUCUGGCACCAGCAUGGAAGUGAAUGUAAUAUCAUGGCAGACAAUGAUGUCAUUACCAUCACAAUCAAUGAUGUUACAGCCACCACAAUCUGGGAUCCACCACAAUCUGGGAUGUUACAACCAUCACAAUCAAUGA